AUGGAUACGGAGAGCAUUGCGGACUCGAAUUCCAGGGCAUCAGCCCAAUCUGUGCACGAGCAGCAACAACAACUAACGGAUGAUCUUCUCAAUCAAGUACCUCAUGGUAUAUUAGGGCAGACAGGUACAAGCGAUUGGCUAGAUUCAGUUAUCCCUCAUAGCAACCCUGAAGACCGCCUGGGUCUGAUCCUAGGUGACCGAUUGGAGUUGACCAGUAUCCUGAGUGUGGGUGACAAAAGUGCCACUUACACUGCUGUCGACAUCCAUACAAAUAUCUCAUAUUGUGUCAAGGCCCUCAAUAAAGUUAGACAAGACUCACGUCAGCUCAAAUCGCAACAACAAGAGAUUAGGCUGCAUCAUCUGGCUGGUCAGCAUCCCAAUGUGAUAUCAUUGGUUCGCAUCAUUGAUUCCGUCGAUGAUACAUAUAUAGUGAUGGAGCUUUGCCCGGAAGGUGACCUAUUCUGCAGCAUUACGGAAAAGGGCAAUUUCGUCGGUAAUGGCCCUUUGGUGAAGCGUGCUUUCCUGCAGAUACUUGACGCUGUCCAAUUUUGCCAUUCCCAGGGAAUCUACCACAGAAACCUCAAACCUGAGAGUAUCCUUGUCAAGGAUGAGGGGAUGACUCUCAUGCUCGCUAGCUUCAGCCUAGCUACGACAGACCACUUCACCUCUGAUUUUGGCUGCGGUUCGCCAUUCUAUAUGUCGCCAGAUUCAUGCUAUGCGAGCGCUCCCAAUGAUGUCUGGAGCCUUGGUGUGAUCCUAGUCAACCUCACUUGCGGCCGUAACCCAUGGAAACGGGCUUCUACUGAAGAUUCCACGUUCCGUGCCUACUUGAAGGACCCUUUUUUCCUCCGAACAAUCUUGCCUAUUUCAAACGAGGUAGUCACUAUCUUAAGCCGCAUUUUUGAGUGCGAUCCUGAGAAGAGAAUCACCGUCCAAGAGCUCCGUCAAUUGAUUCUGGAAUGUCCACAUUUCACGACAAGCUCCGUGGAUCCAUGGGUGGUUGGCAGCGAACAUUACUCCCGUCCGCAGAGUCCUGUGGAGCCCCUUGACACAUUAAAUUUGUCGUCUGGUGAUUCCGCAUGGAACGAGUUCGCGAAACAAUCCAACGAGACACGUUCAAUCUCUCCAUUACGGAGUAUAGCUGAAGCAGAGGGAAUAUAA